CAAUGAUCUUUACCGUAUACAACAAUUUGGCCUCUAGCUUUCCUGUCUUGUUCUAGUUCCGUACCGUAUGGCUGAAGUUGCUUCUACUGAGCAGCUCCCAGUGAAACUGGGUCAGGAAUACCGAGUCAAACUGGGCAAGAGCUUCACCUUCCCCAGGGAGAACGCCUAUCACACCAUCAAAUUAUUGUUGAUGGUCACUGUAUCAGAUGACUUCAAGCCUCUGUCAGUGGAUCCCACAAAGCCUGGUAAACUGCGAGUGGCUGAUGAUGAAGUGAACGUACAACUACCAGUAGUACAGGCUGAGUGGACUGAUGAUGUGGCCCAGUUCAGAGGACCCAAGAAGCCUGUCACUAAAGAGUGUGUGCUCAUCAUAGACACUGUGUCUGGGGAGGCAGUACUGGAGAGGAUCAGUAACAACAUCCAACUCAAGGCCAUCAGGGACGGCCGCAAGUCCAACAAUCCUCGUGAUCGCUCUGUCUCCCCCUGUCCUCCGCUCUCCACCCCCUCCAAAGCCAUACCCAUCAGCAAACCUGUCCAAACCACACCCACAACCACACCCAAACCAACCUCCUCAACAGCCAAAAAACGCACCACUAAGAAACAAAAAUCAAUCGCAAAACCAGAAACAACAACUCAAAAUGGAGCGAAUUCUCAAAAAGUUGAAAAAACAAAAAAAGUGAGCAAAAAAUCAGCUAAGAAGUCAGCGACUGUCAAGACAGAGCCCAGAGCAUCACCUGUCCCUAUUCAACCACCCCCUCCCAGUACUGCCCCCUCAAUGCCCGUGUUUGCUACCCCUCAAGUCGUCCCCCCUGUGGAGUUCGUUCCAGCGGCCGCUAAAAAGAUUAAAUUAUCCGAGACUUCCAGUUCUUCGUCCACUUCAUCUUCUGAUAGUUCAGAGAGCGAACAAGAAGUUGAUAGUAAACCACCAGUAGUAAAUGCAAAAAUGUCUUCACUACCUGGAAACAUGCCUCAGUUUAGUGGAUUGGCGGCGUCUCAGCAAAGUCACAUGACAUUGCCACCUAGUCACAUGACUCAACAGCAAUUGCCGCCCCCACACAUGCCACAAGGGGGCCUGGCCGCUACUCAACCGCUGCAUCCGAUUGGUCAUCUCCCACAGCAACGACGACGCGACUCGUCCAGUAGUAGCAGCUCUGACUCGAGUGACAGCUCGGGUAGUAGCUCUAGUAACUCCUCCUCUGAUAGCAGCGACCAGGAGAAUGAUAAAGAAGUGGCCUCGGCAUUCACUCCGCAACAGCAGAACAACAUCAGACCUCGUACCAUGUCUCAACUACGAACUGAUCUCCACUUGAGUGACUCCGGAUCGGAUAGUGACUCAUAAUUCAGUAUAGAAUAAUUAUAUAGUGAGCUCAUUACAUGAUUAGACUCUUUUUUUGUAUUGACAUUGGUGUAACUGUACUUAUUCGAUUUAAAGCGACACUUUUAAAUAA